AUGCGCACUGGAAUCUUUGCUCUCGUUACCCUCCUCGUGAGCGGUGCCAUGGCCGGCGACUGGCGCAAGGUUGAGCCCCAUACCGUGAAGGCUCUCCGUGACCUUCGCGUCCGCCAGAACGGUGGCUCUUCCUUCAUCCCCGGAACCACCCAGGGUCACGGCAGCAACUGUGUCGAGGCCUUUGGUGCUGGAUUCGAGCUCUGUGCCAACAGCAAGAUCUGCUACAACCCAACUGGGGGUGAUCUCUGCUGCGCUGAAGGAUAUCCUUGCCCAAGCGGAAGCUUCUGUCUCACCAAGGGAUACUGCUGCCCUAACGGUCUUGACCCCAAGGAGUGUGCUAAGCAGCACAACAUCGAGCUCCCUCCAAACUUCGGCAAGCCCCCAGUGAGCCCAAGCGGUGUCCCAUACCCAACUGGCACUGUUCCAUCUGGCUCUCCAGCACCAACUGGCACCGGCACUCGCCCAACUGGAACUGGCACUCGCCCAACCGGCACCACCAUCCCACCAACUGGCACCAAGACCUCCAGCCCACCAAUCUACACUGGUGCUGCCAGCCAGAACAUCGUCCAGGGCGCUGCCGCCGCCGUUGUUGCCAUCGGUCUCAUCCAGAACCUUUUGUAA